AAGUACUGUUUUUGCAAAUAACCAUCGCUACUGCAUUUGGGCGCUUCUAAUGCUACUAUGUCAUUCAGUGUUAACACAGUGGCAAAAUGUAGUAGUAUUAUCGUUGGCAGACUGCUAUAAUUCUUUGCUGCAGAUCGAUGAAAAGGACGUGUCUUCUUUUGGAAAUCACGCAGUGCCUAGCGACGACGACAGUGCUACACUAUCCUACUGGAUACCUCUUGAGGAAAAAUAUCUUCCUUGUUUGGAUAGAAGAUGGUUGAUUAAAACUGAAGUUCCCAUUUACGUUUUGAUUAUUACAGGAAGCAUAAGUAAAGAUGAAUGCAUUUCGCCAAGUGGAGAACAAGUGAAAAGAGCACUUCGUCAGGAAAUUCGAACCUUGACCGACUUCGAUAGGAGGCAAUUCGAAGACAUUAUUAACUGGAUGAAAGUCAAUGAUAUCUACAACAGAAUCAGUCGAGUCCAUAAACGUACAGAAGUGCACGCCGGCCCCGCGUUUACAAUUUGGCACCGGGAAUUUUUGAAAAGAUUCGAGCUGGUUGUCCGCCAUUUUUUGCCAAAUCCCAAUAUGGGUGUUCCAUAUUGGGAUAGCACACUUGAUUAUGAACUUCCUGAACCACUCGACUCAUUGAUAUUUACUGACAUUUUUUUUGGAGAAGUGAAUGAAGACGUAUUCGUUGUCUCCGAGCCGUACGCGAACUGGACAACGAUGGAGGGGCUUCCGUGGAUACUUCGUGGCUUCGGAUUGAACGAGCGUGGCAAAUUGCUGAAUAAUUCUCAAGUCGACUGGAUUGUAAAUAAUCCUGAUAUCAACGUGGUGCUCGGUACCAGCGCCCUAUUUUCGGUAAAGUGGCAACAUGGAAGCACAGUAUUCAUCAAUGAACGAUGUCAUCUUCCUAUUCCAUCACUCAAUGAUCGACUUCAUCUUUGA